AUUCAAAAUCCUAAGCAAAACACUCUUCUUCUUCUUCGUGUCGACGAGCGGAGCUUUAGCUGUGCAUUGAACGGAGAGGUAAAGGAGCUCAAAUCCAUAACCGGUUGGCUUCACAGCUGAAGAGUUGAAGAGCCUCUGCUGUUUGAGGUUCCGAAGAUGCCUGCGGCAGGAUUCGCGGUGGCUCCCUCGGGAGCCGAGUUCGAGGCUAAGAUCACUCCGAUUGUGGUCAUCUCCUGCAUAAUGGCUGCUACCGGCGGACUCAUGUUCGGCUACGAUGUCGGCGUUUCCGGGGGUGUCACUUCUAUGCCUGAUUUCUUGGAGAAGUUCUUCCCGGUCGUCUACCGUAAAAAGCUGGAUCCCACAAUCAACAGUAAUUACUGCCAGUACGAUAAUCAAGGCCUGCAGCUGUUCACAUCGUCGCUCUAUCUUGCUGGGUUAAUCUCGACUUUCUUUGCGUCAUACACCACCCGAGUCUUAGGCAGGAAACCGAGCAUGCUUAUCGCCGGAAUCUUCUUCAUAGCUGGUGUGGUUCUCAAUUCAGCUGCUCAGGACCUUGCAAUGCUCAUCAUCGGAAGAAUUCUACUGGGUUGUGGUGUCGGUUUCGCCAAUCAGGCUGUUCCGCUGUUCCUUUCGGAAAUCGCACCCACGAGAAUACGUGGAGGACUGAACAUUCUGUUUCAGCUCAAUGUUACCAUUGGGAUUCUUUUCGCCAACCUCGUCAAUUACGGAACUGCCAAGAUUAAAGGAGGCUGGGGAUGGAGGCUCUCGCUGGGGCUUGCCGGCAUUCCUGCUGUUCUCCUGACUGCAGGGGCAAUCUUCGUAAAGGAGACUCCCAAUAGUCUCAUCGAGCGUGGCCGCCAUGAAGAAGGAAAAGCCGUGCUCAGAAAGAUUCGAGGUACCGAUAACAUUGAACCCGAAUUUCUAGAGCUCGUAGAGGCCAGUCGCAUUGCUCAAGAAGUGAAGCACCCAUUCAGAAAUCUCAUGAAGAGGAGGAACCGCCCUCAGUUGGUCAUUGCAAGUGCUAUGCAGAUCUUCCAGCAGUGUACGGGCAUCAACGCCAUCAUGUUCUACGCCCCUGUCCUGUUCCAAACUGUCGGAUUUGGCGAUGAUGCAUCCCUAUACUCUGCUGUCAUAAUAGGAGCAGUCAAUCUGGUCUCCACCUUCGUGUCCAUCUACGCGGUGGACAAAAUCGGUCGGCGAAUGCUCCUGCUAGAGGCCGGCGUCCAAAUGUUCCUCUCCCAGGUCACCAUCGCAAUCAUACUGGGGUUCAAGGUGAAAGACCAUUCCGAGAACCUCAGCCACGGGCUGUCGAUCUUCGUGGUCAUCCUGGUGUGCACGUUCGUCUCAUCAUUCGCAUGGUCGUGGGGUCCACUCGGCUGGCUCGUCCCUUCAGAGAUAUUCCCCUUGGAGACAAGAUCAGCGGGGCAGAGUGUAACAGUGUGCUUCAACUUCCUCUUCACGUUCAUUAUCGCGCAGGCCUUCCUCUCGAUGCUCUGCCACUUCAAGUACGGGAUAUUCCUGUUCUUCUCGGGAUGGGUUUUCGUCAUGUCACUCUUCGUGCUGUUCCUCCUCCCAGAGACGAAGAAUAUUCCGAUAGAGGAGAUCACGGAGAGGGUGUGGACGAAGCACUGGUACUGGAAGAGGUUCAUGGAUGAUGACAAUGUCUACAUCGAGGAGACAGUUAACGGGAACGGAUCGAACAAGGUUAAUGGGAACAGAUCGAACAAGACCGAGCGCAAUAUUAAUCUUCCAACAUUGAAUUUUAAUAUAGAUGUAGGCUUAUAGAUAAAUCCCAACAUUAACGCCGUCCCAAAAAGGAAAAAGGGAAAAAAAAAAAAACAGAGAUUUAUGCCAACAUUGAUGUCUUAGAAUAGAGAAUAGCUAUAGCCAUAUAGUUUGUUACUGUGGAUAUUGUAUGCAUGUUGGUUUUGAAGGUAUGCUGGAAAACGAAAAAUGAAAAUACAGUUUUAAAUUUUUUUUAUAUAUAAAUCUAUUGGCUUGUAAUUUUUUU